UAAUACGACCGGAACCGGAAAUACAUUUGGAAAGAGCACCACUAUGGAGGGGAUUUGAAACGGACACGGCUUCCGUGUAGCAAUAAUAACAAAGAUAGAAUAAAACGGGAACCAAGGACUUUAUUUAACUGUAUCAUGUGAUACGUAUCCACGGAGAAGUUUCAUUGUUGAUGAAAUGAACACGAUAAAUUAACAACGCUAGGAACUGCUGUUUCUCACACGGCUAAUGGUGUCGGUGGUCGAACACAAAGUCAGUAACUUCAAGGGAGGAGUGUUCCACCGCCUGUUGAUGCUAGGAUGCAAGACUCCGCCUCCAUCCCUUCACCAUCAGCACCCCCCAUCCCUUUCUCCUCCACCUCUUCCCUGACACUCUGUCCCGAACUUGACCUUUCAGUAACGGCCAGCCCCCCGAAGCCGCCGUCCCACAAACAAACGCGAGGAAAAAGAAAUGCAAAGGUGUCUUUCCACGAGUGUGUGGUUGCCAAGGUAACACCAGAGCCGCAAAUGCCACCGGAUGGUGAUGCUCUACCUCCGCCAGCGACCACCAAGCAGAGGAUAGGGAGAGGCUGUUUAAGCACAGGGGGAGCCCCAAACCAGGGGGUGGACCCACCGGUUGAGGCGUCCAACGAGCAUCCAGACAGUCUGGAAGAUGUGCAGCUCAACACCACCUUGGCUGUCAAAGCGGAGCUUCUGGCGCUACAGGGGGCGGAGUUUAACUCCCAGAAAGCGGUGAAGGAGACGUUGGAGAAGAUGGAGCACACGAAAAAGCAGAUAAACAGCAAAGCGGCGCAAGGAAUCAACGUGUCGCGCUCGCAGACACUUUUCACCUCGCUGGUCAGCGUCGACGUUCCCGAGAGUGAGCUGAUGAGCCAAGUCUUCAAGGACAGGCUGCCUUUGGCCCCGCCCCUUCGCAGCCAUGACGCCAAAUCCACAGACGGCCCCUGCCAUCUCAUCUUUUUGACCUCCGAUUUGUUUCGGCAGAAGCCACUUCCACCGGAAGAGGAGCCGUUCGAUAGCACCGCUGGCCCUGUCCCUCGGGCCGCCUCUUCGACCUUUGACCUUUACAGACGACAGAGACGUUGGGAAGCCAGCCCGUGACACGCAAAUUAUCUACAUCUUAUUGGUCAAAUUGUCCUUUGUCACAUCGUUUUUUUUCAAUAAAGUCUGUUUU